UCCAGUUCAGAUAACUGAACACAUGGCAUCAAGGAGUACUUGGAUUACUCUCGCCUCCGACGUCCCUUCUUGUCCUUCUUUUUGGAAGAUGCUUUCUUGAAUAAUCACUUCCUAUCAUUUGUCCCUUUGAACAGCCCUUCAUUGGAGUUCUUUACAUCAUUCCUCGGACGGGACCACCCGUUUUAUCGUAACUAAUACAUACAGCAUCCCUCCGCUGUCAUGGCACGACAGAAGCAGGCGGCGCCUAUACAGCGCACUCCAUCCUCUGGGUUUAUGCACUCACCUUUGGACUCGCCGGGUCCAAAUAACAGAAAGACAAAUGGGUCGACAAAGGAGCCAAUUGCGGCAGAUGGGAGCGCGUCUAUCAGCAGUGCACUUACACCACCUUCAGAUAGCCCCGGAUUGGUACAACUUGCUAUCUGUGUUCUGGGGAUAUAUGCUUCUUUUCUAUCAUGGGCCGUCCUGCAAGAAGCUAUCACAACAACCGCUUAUCCUCUUCGUCCCGCAACAACCGAAGAGCCGGAACCCCCAACAGAGCGAUGGACCUUCUCUAUCGUAUUGAACACCAUUCAAUCCUCCUUCGCUGCCAUAACGGGUUUCCUAUACCUGUACUUUUCGACACCUAAGGGCCAGAAAGUACCCUCGAUCUUCCCGACUCGUCGGAUCCUCUUUCCCCUGAUUCUCGUCAGCAUAUCCUCUUCAUUGGCAUCUCCAUUUGGCUACGCUAGUCUGGCGCAUAUCGACUACUUGACGUUUAUCCUCGCGAAGUCCUGCAAACUCCUUCCGGUCAUGUUCCUUCACUUGGCCAUCUUCCGGAAGCGAUAUCCUCUGUACAAGUACGGUGUUGUUCUGCUGGUCACCCUGGGCGUAGCGACUUUCACAUUGUACCAUCCAGGUACGAGCAAGAAGGUAGCAGCAGCGUCCGCGAAUAAAGCCAGCAGUGGCUCAUCUGCUUAUGGUCUCUUCCUCCUCUCCAUCAACCUCCUCCUCGACGGCCUCACCAACACUACUCAAGACCAUGUCUUCAGCUCCCCGCACCUCUACACCAAGUUCUCCGGUCCGCAGAUGAUGGUCGCGCAGAACGUCCUCUCCACCAUCCUCACAACCGCCUAUCUGCUCGUCAUGCCUUAUCUCUCAAACAGUGUCAUUCUAUCCAUCCUGCCGCUCCCGAUUCCUCCAUCCACAGGAUCGGAGCUUUCUUCUGCCAUCUCUUUCCUCUCCCGACACCCUCAGGCCUUGAAGGACGUCCUCGGCUUCUCUAUCUGCGGCGCCAUCGGCCAGCUCUUCAUCUUCCACACCUUGUCUAGAUUCUCCUCCCUUCUGCUCGUCACCGUCACCGUGACACGGAAGAUGCUCACUAUGCUCCUCAGCGUCUUCUGGUUUGGUCACUCGCUCUCUCGCGGCCAGUGGCUAGGUGUGGCGCUCGUUUUCGGCGGUGUUGGAGCCGAGGGCAUCGUCCAGAGACAAGAGAAGAAGGCCAAAGAGAAAGCUAAAGCGAAAGCUGCGGCUGAGAAAGAGCUAUGACGGGGUGGAAACCUACCGUCCUGAUACAAUAUCAUGAAUGUCUAUCAGACCAGAGUAUAUUUUUGCUCUUCCCCUUCUUGUCGCU